AAGAACAUUUCCAACAUUAUUCUUGAUUUCGUCAACGAUUCAGAUGAUGAUGAUGUAUUAAACUAUUGUGCAAAGUGUGAAUGGUCCGGAUGCUUUUUUUACAUUGAGCUGUUUCUAGUAAAAAAGAGACGUGUGGUGUGUCGUCAAGCAACAACUCCUUUCAAAGGCGUGUUUAAUUAAUCUUCUUUGGAUUGCAGUUGCAUAGGCAUGGCGUUGAUGGCGGAGAAAUGCAGAGUUUGUGUAACUGGUGCAGGUGGAUAUGUGGCGUCAUCCCUACUGAAGCUUCUCCUUUCCAAAGACUACAUUGUUCAUGGCACCGUUAGAGAUCCUUCUAGUGACAAGUAUGCUCAUUUGAAGAACCUUGACAAAGCUGCUGAGAACCUUAAACUCUUCAAGGCAGACUUGCUGGAUCCCGACUCGCUUGCUGCAGCCAUCAAAGGAUGCAAUGGAGUAUUUCAUGUUGCUAGUCCAGUUCCUCCAGGAUCUGUACCAAAUCCCGAGGUUGAACUUGUUGAGCCUGCAGUAAAAGGCACACUUAAUGUUCUGAAGGCAUGCUCUGAAGAAAACAUUAAGAGAGUUGUGUUUGUAUCUUCGGUUGCUGCUUCUGUCUUGGACCCCAACUGGCCGAAGGGCAAACCGAUGGACGAGACUUGUUGGUCUGACAGUGAAUUCUGCAAAGCAACUAAUAACUGGUACUGUUAUUCUAAAACGAUGGCUGAGAAAGAAGCUUGGUCAUAUGCAAAGAAAAGUGGACUAGAUAUGGUAACUGUGCUCCCAACACUUGUUAUAGGGCCAAUGUUGCAGAAGACAACAAAUGCCAGUAGUUUGGUUCUCAUUAAGCUACUGAAAGAAGGAUAUGAAGAGCUGGAAAACAAGAGCCGGUUUACGGUAGACGUACGUGAUUUAGCUGAAGCUUUGCUGCUAGUAUAUGAGAAACCUGAAGCUGAAGGUAGAUACUUGUGCGCGGCUCAUACAGUGAAAUCAGAAGAUUUAGUUGCCAUGCUGAAGAAACACUACCCCAUCUACAACUAUCCUAAACGUUUUACCGAUGUGACGGAGGAUACAAGUUUUUCUUCAGAGAAGCUGCAGAAGUUGGGUUGGCAAUAUAGGCCACUGGAGGAAACUCUAAUUGAUGCAGUUGAAAGUUACAAACAAGGGGGCUUGCUGGAUUGAAGAAAAGGAGACAUGUCAAGUUGACCUUAUUCCCUAUUUGUAAUACUUUGUGGUAAAUAAUUGCUCUGUAUGUCUUCCGAGUUCAUACUCUUGCAAACUAGGAUCUGUAAUACGGCCUGGCACUCUGGAAUAAGGUUAUACUAUACUAUACUAUACCCCCUUUUGUUGUGUUA